AGUCCUUCCAAUGUUUACAUCAUUUUCUUGAAAGCUAUCUAAACGAAAAUAGUAUGUUUGAGGCCUAUAAUGAAAUGGUAAAUGAACCUUAUAAAGAUGUAUAGUUAUGAACGUGCAAUGAUGGAAGACACUUGUCAAAUGGACAGUUUAGAGGACUGGGUACCAGUUAAACCAGGUCUCUUCAAUACUGAUGCAGAAUCUUCCAAACGUUUUAUAUUCAUGGUCAGCUGGAAUGAUGUAUACAGAAAAGUUGCCAUUACAUGUCGCCAACACAACCGAGUGGCUAGUGACAUAGAGGACAGUCAGAGUAGAAGUGGAAUGUUUUCAUUCAGUGAACUCAAGGCAAUUCAUGAGAUACUGUGUCUGAUUCAUCCAUCACUUUUGUCAUAUCUACCUCCAUUACCUGAUGAACCUCGAUCCUUAUGGGCAUACCUAGGAUACACAGGACCUGAUUAUGACUAUGAAGAAAUUUGUGUCCAACUAGAGAGAUAUUUUGUUAGAGCAUUAGAUACAUGUAAAGAACAUCUACUAAUGACAACAUUAUUUGAAGAACCUGAUACCAGGGAAUAUUUUGACAAUAUGAGUGAACUAAGAAGACAAAAUCUUGAAGGUGAUGUCUUAAAAUGUGAAGAAAGGUUAAAAAAUGUGAUAUUUUUAAGGACAAAUGCCAGCAAUAUGCAUGACAUGAAAGAUGUAUAUGAAAGUGAAGAUGAUGCUGUGAUGAAGCUGCAUGAGUCUUUAGCUGUGUUGUAUAAUUAUCAACAACAGCCAUUUUUGGACCUGAGAGCCAUAUCUCGUUAUAAAGUAGCAGAAGCUAAAGAACAUUUAGAGAAUUCUGAUCUUGGUGAAAGGUUUAAAAGACAAUAUGCUACUAUAUUUUCUGAAUGGCAAACACAAUUAGAACAGGCCAUGGAAAAUAUUCAACAAUUAUACAUAAAGUAUUAUAGUACAAGUUGCCAAAUAUAUCAAGCCAUGCUCAGUAGAAUGAUAGAAGAUAAGAGGUUGUAUGGAAAAACUGCUUUUGAAUUAAUAGGAUCUGAACGACUGCUCAGGAUACAAGAAGAAUUGAGUACAGAGAAACUGCAUUUACUGAAUAGUGAAAAGAAGUUGUUAGUUCUAGAAAAAGAUAAAGUUUUUGAAGAGAUAGCUAGUUUAGAUGAAACUCCUAAUGUACAAAAACAAUUGGAAAAGUUAGAAACAAAGGCAUAUGAAUGGCAUAUCAAGAUCUGCCAGCAACAAAUGAAAAUUCUAGAUGAAGAAGAGAAGAUCUGUCAAGCCAAAAUGGAGGCAUUAAAGAAAAAUCUAAAAGCCAAGGAAGAUGAGAUUGUAUUUUAUGAUGCUGUUGAGGACAGUUCACAGUUAAGCCCUGAUGAAGAUGAAGAACAAAUAUCAUCUUUUAGCAGUAAUAGUGAUUUAAAUACCAUUAGGAGAAAAAUGACAGCUAUCAAUAAAAAGAGGGCUACAUUGAGGAAUAAGAAGACUGCAAUAGAAAGGCAAAGAAAAUCGAAAAAAGAAAAGAAAGUUGAGGAAGAAGAAAAAUUACGACAACACCAUGCAAUACAAACUAAAAUUGAUAAGAAAAAGGAAGACACAACAAGAAAGGCUGAUUUUAUUGUGGAAGAGAGAAUGAAAGCAAUAGACAGAAUAAAAAUGCACAAAGUUAAAUUUCCAACACCUGAAACCAUUAAACCUCCAAGAUACCAACCACCAAGUCAAAGGAAAUCUUCGUCAACAGAAAAUGCAGAAAAGACAGAGACACCAGUAAAAAUACAGAAACCUCUAACAAACACUCAAAAGACAAUUAAAAUACCUGUCAAAUCCAAGACAACAAAAAGUGAUAAGCCAGCUCCAAAACCCAGAUAUUCAUUAGAGAAGAAGAGGAACGGAUCCUCAUCUUCUAGUGAAAAAAGUGCUUCUCCUCCCACAUCAGCUACUGCUGUACCACCACCACCUACUACUUCUGUACCGCCCCCUCCUCCUCCUCCUGGUGCACCUCCUCCUCCACCACCACCACCACCUCCUCCUCCUCCUCCUCCUCCUCCUCCACCUCCAAUGGUGCCAUCACCUUUGUCAUCUGCAGGAUCAGUAACAAAGAAGAGUUCUAAGGAAGGGAGACAACCAGAAGCAUCACAUAAUGGAAUGCCCGACUUGAAAACACUGCUAUCUAAAAAGUCACUUUUAAAGCCUGUUGAAGUUCAGGAAAAGCCACAAGCUGUGGAUCCAAUGGAAAAUAUAUUAAAAAUGGUGAGAAAUGGUAUAAAACUGAGACCAGUAAAACAUAAAGAAGACACAGACUCUGAAUCAGCUGACACUAUAAAAUUUACUACUCCCAGUGAUUCACAUUUGAAACUUCUACAUGAUAGACUCAAUCAUAUUAACAAGUUUACAAGAGAAAGUUCUCCUGAAUCAGACAGCAGUGAUGAUGGAGAAUUUGAUUAGCUGUGUGUGUACAUAUUUUUUUUUAUUUGUUGGCUUUUACAAUAGAUGACUUUUGCUGAAAAUUGGAAAAAGUCAUGCCUUGGUGUCAGGAAAAUACUCUGCUCUCUCAAAUCUUUGGUAUUUUUGUGUAACUGGACUAUUUUAUAUAUGGUACUUAAUUUAACAAUUAAAAAAAAAGUCAUUCAAUGGAGGAAUAAUGCCAUUGGUUGAAAUAUUAACAGAGACAGGUUUAUGAAUUUCACUUUGCAUCACCUCUCUCUAUAUAUACUUAUAUGUUUACUAUAGAAUAUUGCAUAUUUAUUUGUUUAAACUUUUAUUGAAAUCUAGCAAGUAUUAAAAUCAUUAUAAUAAGUUAUGAUUCUGUACAUUUCGUAAACAAAAGAAAAAUGGGGAGUCUAUACAGCUCAAGGUUCAGAGUCGUACCAGAUCAGAUUUAAAGUAAAUCCCUUAUCAUAGAAGGAGAAUUGUGAUUCACAUGUAGAUUAUUGAAUUCCAAUAAAAAAAAUACACAUUCUAUGUAAUAAUACUGUACUUGUGUUUGUACUUGCAAGAAUUGGGAUUAAAUUCAAUUUCUAUUAAAUCACACAAUUUAAAAGUUUAAAGUUUAAGUCUUGAGUCAUUUACUAAUUUAUGCUAAUGUUUAAAAUGAACACAAAUCACCCAAGCUUAACUAUCUAGCUAGGUGCACAUUUUAUUCUGUACAAUAAAUCGAAAGGCCACUUCUAAGUCAUGCAAAUAACAGGACUUUUUUUUUACAAAAGGUGAAUAGGAAAUGGUUCUGGGCAGGAGAUAGAUAAAUAAUGUCAAUAUUAGGUGGUUAAGUGGAUUCCACUGUAUACGUAUAAUAAAUGAGACUGAAAGUUCAUACACCAAUAAAAUAAUAAUGGUCCAGUAUGCCUGGUCAUUGCAAACUUGUUCAUAUUUUAAAGGGAUACAUAUCAUACAAAAAAUUGUUAGGGCUAUUUCAGACUUGCUUGAACUUUUAUUGAACUAAAGCUUUGACGUGCAUUUAUUUUAUGCUAAUGAUGAAUAAAUAGUAGGUUGUAAAAAGAACAUUGUUAAUUGCCUUAAUUUUCACAGAAAUAUUUACUUUUAACUUCUAAUUUCAAUUUAAGUUCGUAUUUAGAUGAUAUUAAGUUAAUGUGAAACUUAACAAUACCUCUGUUUUAAGAAAUUCUUGCAUUCACUACAUAUUUUUUGAUAGAAUGAAGUAAAGGUGAAAGUGAAACGUAACAAUACCUCAUGUUUCUCAUCCCUUGAUAUAUAUAUCUAAACUAAACAGUUGUUUCUUCACCUCUCCCCUUUAAUCUCAGUGAAUAUUUAAUGAAGAAUUUGAUAAUACAUAUCUAUUUUAAAAUCACUUAGAUGCAAAAUUUGUUUUAUUUGAUGUGCCAAACAAAUCCAUCAACACACCUUAUCCUGUACUAAACAACAUCAUCCAUUUUAUUUUUACAUUCAAAUAUGUGUGAAAAUUGUGGGAAUGAUGUUUUGAUAUCAAUAAAAACAAGUACAAAUGAUAAAUAUUCCACUAAGACUCUUUGUUUAGAAAAGUGGUUAAAGAAAUUGACAACCACUUUUAAAAUAAAUAUCACUCCAUUGACCAGUGCAGUUUUGUUUAUCAUUGACAAAAAACAAAGAGUGUUGUGUUUUAACAUUACAUCUAUCUUAUUAUUGAAUCAUGUUUCCCAAAUGUGUGAACACUUAUUACACGUGUUUUGUGAUUUUACUGGUUAGAUAUAACCUUGAAUGUUUGUAAUCAAGAAAUUAAUUAUUUAUUGAAAUUUCUGUGAUAUUGAGAAUAAAGACAGUUAUGAUUGUUGAAA